AUGGAUCCUAAUAGAUUUUCAUUCUCGGAACCAUUUCAACCACACAGAAGAAAGGUUCUUUAUGAGUUCAGUUUAUGUCUUGGAGCUUCUUUGAUUUUGUGUUCUCUUUUCUUUUUUAGUAAUUCACUCAAAGUUCCUAAACAUUCAGUCUUUCUUUCUGUUUUCAAUACUUCUCACAGAAGUUCUUCAUUUAAUAGUACUAAUCACUCUUGUUUAUCUCAGAAUAGUGUUGUUUUUGGUAGAGUUAGUGAAGUGAAUUUGUCAAGUGUUGGAGUUGGAAUACAUGGUGACAUGAAGAAGAACUCUAGUUUUAUGAGUUCUAAUGUGACCAAUGAUGAUCCAUACAAUGGUAAUACGAGUAUUGUUGAGGUAAGGAAUGAAGGGGAUUUUGUUAGGGAUAAGAAUGUGAGUUUGAGCAUUCGUAGUGAUGACCAAAUGAAGAAUAUGAAGGUUGGUUUUUUAGAUGAAAAGUGUGAUAUCUUUGAUGGAAAGUGGAUAAGAGAUUAUUCAAAACCAUAUUAUCCUUUAGGUUCUUGUCCCUUCAUUGAUAGAGAUUUUAACUGUCAUCUUAAUGGGAGGAUUGAUAUUGAAUAUGUAAAAUGGAAGUGGAAGCCAAAUAAAUGUCACAUUCCAAGUUUGAAUGCAACUGAUUUUCUGGAGAGGUUACGCGGUCAGAAGCUUGUUUUUGUUGGAGAUUCAUUGAACAGAAACAUGUGGGAGUCUCUUGUUUGUAUACUUCGACAAAGCGUCCGGAACAAGAAACGGGUUUUUGAAAUUUCGGGGAAAAGUGAAUUUAAGAAGAAAGGCGUAUAUGCUUUUAGAUUUGAGGAUUACAACUGUUCAGUUGAUUUUGUUGCUUCACCGUUUCUUGUUCGAGAAUCGAGUUUCAAAGGCAAAAAUGGCCAUUGGUGGACACAUGAUAAAACAUCAAAAGGAGAAGAUUAUUAUCAAGAAGGAAACCAUGUACAUCCAAGACUCAAGGCUUUGGAUGCUUAUACGAGGGCUUUAACCACUUGGGCUAAGUGGGUAGACCGAAAAAUUAACGCGAAGGAAACACAAGUUUUCUUUAGAGGAUACUCAUUUACUCAUUUCUGGGGUGGACAAUGGAACUCAGGAGGACAAUGCCAUAAAGAGACUGAACCGAUAUAUAACAAAACUUAUUUACAAAAGUAUCCUUCAAAAAUGCGUGCGGUGGAGCAUGUCAUUGAAAAUAUGAAAACCGAGGUGGUGUAUAUGAACAUAAGUAGACUUACGGAUUACAGAAAAGACGGACAUCCUUCUGUGUACCGAAAAGAUUAUAAGACAACGAUGACGCAGAACUCUUCUUCGCUAUACGAAGAUUGCAGCCAUUGGUGCUUGCCGGGCGUACCAGAUACUUGGAAUGAAUUGUUAUAUGUCUCUCUCUUAAAAUAUGGAAAGGGAACUUGGAAAGUCUGA